UGUUUUAAUUGGCUAAAACACUGAUAGAGACAAUGGCAUUAGAAGCCGUUGUUUCCCAACAAGAACCGUGUAGCUAUGGCUUUAUUAAUUCAAAUACUUUUGGUUUUGAAGAAGAAUUUUCAGCAAAUUAUGGAGCUCUUGUCCAAAAUGGAGGAGGGUUUGGUUUUAAUAAUAGUGUGGAUUCCAACUACUCUUCAGUGAUGCAGCAGAGUUGUGAUGGCGGCUUCUUUACCGGAGACUUUAGUCCUGUGGAAGCUCUAGCUCCGACGGAAAGCUCAACGGGGCGGAGAAAGAGAAGACGUGCCAACAGAAGCAACAAGAACAAAGAGGAACUUGAGAACCAAAGGAUGACUCACAUUACUGUUGAACGCAACCGGAGAAAGCAAAUGAAUGACUAUCUUAAUGCUCUUCGCUCUCUCAUGCCACCCUCUUAUAUCCAAAGGGGAGACCAGGCGUCAAUUGUUGGGGGAGCGAUUAACUAUGUGAAGGAGCUGGAGCAACUUCUACAAUCUCUUGAAGUUCAAAAGCGAAAUCAACAAAAACUAUCAGAUGUUGGGUUCUCUACUCUCAUUUUCUCAGAUUUCUUUUCGUUUCCACAGUACUCAACCCUCCACAACAUGUCAAUGGAUGAAUCAAUGGCGGAGACUCCUUCCGAUGCAGUGGCAGAUGUUGAAGUAACGCUGGUGGAAACUCAUGCCAACCUUAAAAUAAUGACAAAUCGACACCCGAAACAGCUCGUGAAGAUCGUCAGUGGGUUGAUUUCUCUUGGAUUUCAUGUUCUUCACCUUAAUGUCACAACUGCUGAUCAUAAGAUACUAUACUCUUUCAGUGUUAAGGUAGAAGAAAUUUGUCAACUGAGAUCGGUGAAUGAGAUUGCAGCUGCAGUAAAUGAGAUGGUGGGUAGAAUUGAAGAAGAUGUAUGCAGCUUUAACUUAGAUCACAACCUUAAUUUCAUCUUCUAA